AUGCUAUUCCCCACCAUCGUCCCGCCCCUCGUGCUAUUCCUCCUCACAGUCGUCCCCGUCCAAGCUAACUCCUACAUCGUAUCACUCUUCACAUCCCACAAGAACUGGAUCACCGAAGCCAGCGCAACAGUAAUCCUCCCCGCCGUCCCUCACUCCGUCAAAGGCGACGCCUCAAUAUGGAGUGGUAUUACGAUGGCAGGUCCGAACUUGACGGGAGAUCUCCUCCAGGGCGUUUCAUCAAAUGCGCCGAAGACCGAUACUUUCUGUGGAAGGACGAUUGGGGGUUGCUCGGAGUAUUGCGGCACCAGGACGGAUGGGUGGUGUGGAUUUGCUUAUACUUUGCUGGAAGAUCCUGAUGAUGCUGCUAUCAUUGGCGCGACAAUGCCGGACGUCAAGCCUGGUGCCGAGGUCAGGACGCAUUGUUACGGCCAACACGGCGCCAUCUUCGACAUCGCUAUCGAAUGCGCCAUGGGCGACUGUGCCCCAGUUCCAGCUCACACCUGGACGUCAAUCUCCAUCGUCCUCGAUACCGCAGAUCUAAGCUUCAAGCAUCAUGGUCCUUGGGGGUACAAUGCUACUGGUGGCGAAAUGUCCACGGAGGAUGGGGGCAAGACUUGGAACAUUGCAAAGCUGCAUGUGCCGCAGCAGAAACCUUGUAUUGAUAAGGUGACUUUCAAGGGGCGUUACUGCCCAGAUGUGGAGUGGCCGGAACAUGCGACGGUUGAUAUGAAUGUGACAGAGGUGCCAGCACUGAGCGGAUAG